CCUUGGAUAAUAACCUAUUAACCACAGCGCAACGGCAGUUCUAUGAGGAGAAUGGUUAUUUAGUCAUUAAAAAGCUGGUCUCUGAUGAGGACAUUAAGCGUUUUAGAGAUGAAUUUGCACGAAUCUGCAGAAGAGAAGUGAAGGUGCCGGGGCUUGUUGUCAUGAGAGACAUCACAAUUGCCAAGGCGGAGUUUGUUCCUGAUGACAAAGCAGUUACAAAAAUACAGGACUUUCAGGAUGAUGAAGAACUCUUUAGAUAUUGCACCCUGCCUCAGAUAGUAAAAUACAUUGAAUGCUUUACUGGACCAAACAUCUUGGCUAUGCACACCAUGUUGAUAAAUAAACCUCCAGAUCCUGGGAAGAAGACCUCUCGACAUCCAUUGCAUCAGGAUUUGCAUUACUUCCCCUUCCGACCUGCGGAGCUCAUUGUUUGUGCCUGGACUGCCAUGGAAAGAAUCGACCGCAGCAAUGGGUGCCUGGUUGUGUUGCCGGGAACUCACAAAGGGUCUCUGAAGCAGCACGAUUACCCGGACUGGGAGGGCGGAGUGAACAAAAUGUACCAUGGUGUGCGUGAUUAUGACAAAAAUGCCCCUAGAGUCCACCUUACAAUGGAAAAAGGAGACACGGUGUUCUUCCAUCCCUUACUGGUCCAUGGCUCUGGAAUGAACAAGACAGAAGGGUUUAGAAAGGCAAUCUCUUGUCAUUAUGCCAGUGGUGAUUGCUACUAUAUUGAUGUGAAAGGUACUACUCAAGAGAACAUUGAAAGAGAACUGCAAGAAAUUGCAGAAACGAAAUACGGCAUAAACUCAGCGAUCACCAUGAAGGACAUUUGGCGCUUUCGAAGCCGUCUUGUGAAAGGAGAGAGAAGAAAUCUUUAAAGCAUCCUCCGGGUGUCAAGCCUUAGAACAGAAUCCUGCACUAUUUGAGA